AUGAAGUCUUCCGCUGUAAACGUCGUCCUGUCCACGGCGCUGGUGGGCAAAUCGCUGGCUGCGACCAGCGGUGAUUUCAAUGCCUUGGCUAUGAAUGUCGCCGGGCUGCCAGCCAUUUUCAACGGCAACGAAGUCCCCGGCGACAAGGCAACGAACGCCCGCACUAUCGGCUCGAAGUUCGCCGAGUAUGGGUAUGAUAUCAUACACGUUCAAGAAGACUUCAAUUACCAUGCGAACAUCUACGAGACCGACAACCACAAGUACCGCACGGCAACCUCCGGUGGGGUACCCUUCGGCUCCGGUCUCAACACCUUGGCCAACUUCGACUGGAUUGACUACACCCGGGUGAAAUGGGACACGUGCUCCGAUGCAUCCUCGAACGAUUGCUUGACACCGAAGGGCUUUACCUUUAUGAGACUCAAGGUGGACGAUGGUGUCUACGUAGACUGUUAUAACCUGCACACUGAUGCGGGUACUGAGGAUGGCGAUGAGACUGCUCGCAAUUCCAACCUCGCCCAGGUCGCUAACUAUAUCGACACUUGGAGCACCGGAAAUGCUGUUCUUGUCUUCGGCGACACCAACAGCCGAUACACACGCACUGCCGACAACAUCACAAUCUAUUCUUCCCAGAACGGCUUGACUGAUGCCUGGCUUCAGCUGGUUCGCAACGGUGUGGUCCCGACGGAAGAAACGCUCUGCGACAACCCCAGUGCCACAUCUUACUGCGAGACGGUCGACAAGCUCUUUUACAGGGGCAGUGCUCUCGUCAACCUGCAGGCGGCCAGCUUCGAGUAUGCAAGCCCGAAGUUCCUUCAGUCCAACGGGAGCAUUCUUUCGGAUCACAACCCAAUUCUGGUGAACUUCACUUGGUCCUCCGGGUCUUCCUUGCGCCAAUCCAACUUCUUCGGAGGGCCACACGGCACAUGGUUCAGUGAUGUAACGACCCUCGGGGCCAAGACUGGUCGCAAGGCCGCCACACUGAGCUUUUCGGGCGCAAACCGUCUCGACAGCGUUGGCCUUACCCUCAGCGACGGCACGGCGCUCAAGCACGGAGGCACCGGCGGCACUGCAGCUACCCUCACACUCGGCAGCACCGAGUACUGGACGAGCGCGCAGCUGUGCCAGGGACAAAAGGACAGCCAGACCCGCAUCUUUUACAUCAAGGCGACGACCAGCGCGGGCAAGACUCUGGAAUCUGGGACGUCGACAUCGGACUGUACGACUUUCACAGCGCCCACCGGAUGGCAGAUUGUUGGGUACCUGGGCCAGGAUGGAGACGAGAUCGAUCAACUUGCGUUUGUCUAUGCCCCUCAGUAG